CCCUCCUCCCCCGCCCCCCUCCGGGCUGGACCGCGGAUGGUACGUUCCGCACGUGAGCUGGGUGCUGGUCUGGCCGGCGACGCGCGUGCCCUGUGGCCAAACACUGCCCCGAGUGAGAGCAAACUACCAGCGCAGUGGGGCUGGCGCGACUGUGCGUGCGUGUGUGUGCGUCUGUGUGCGAGAGAGCGAGCGCGGUGGUAGAGGGAACGACCAACUGCUUCACACUUUAAACACUGCGCUGAAGAGGGAGAGAGAGACUGGAGACGCACAGAUCCCCUCAAGAUCUCCCAAAGCUACCGUCCCACAGAUUAUAGGACACAGCCCUCAAAAAUUGAAACAGAGGAAAACGGACAGCGGUUGAACAUGGACGAAGGAAUUCCUCAUUUACAAGAGAGACAGUUACUGGAACAUAGAGAUUUUAUAGGACUGGACUAUUCCUCUUUGUAUAUGUGUAAACCCAAAAGGAGCAUGAAGCGAGACGAUAGCAAGGAUACCUAUAAAUUACCGCAUAGAUUAAUAGAAAAGAAAAGAAGAGACCGAAUUAAUGAAUGCAUUGCUCAGCUGAAAGAUUUACUGCCUGAACAUCUGAAGUUGACAACUCUGGGGCAUCUGGAGAAAGCGGUAGUCUUGGAAUUAACUUUGAAACAUUUAAAAGCUUUAACAGCCUUAACUGAGCAGCAGCAUCAGAAGAUAAUUGCUUUACAGAAUGGGGAGCGAUCUCUGAAAUCGCCCAUUCAGUCCGACUUGGAUGCGUUCCACUCGGGAUUUCAAACAUGCGCCAAAGAAGUCUUGCAAUACCUCUCCCGGUUUGAGAGCUGGACGCCCAGGGAGCCGCGGUGUGUCCAGCUGAUCAACCACUUGCAUGCCGUGGCCACCCAGUUCUUGCCCACUCCCCAGCUGUUGACUCAACAGGUCCCCCAGAGCAAAGGCACCGGCUUGCCCUCGACCCCCGCCGGGUCCAAGGCCGCCUCCUGCCUGGAGCGCGCUGGGCAAAAACUGGAGCCCCUGGCUCACUGCGUGCCGGUCAUCCAGCGGACUCAGCCCAGCGCGGAGCUCGCCGGCGAGAACGACACGGACACCGACAGCGGCUAUGGAGGCGAGGCUGAGGCCCGGCCCGACCGCGAGAAGGGCAAAGGCGCGGGGGCGAGCCGCGUCUCCAUCAAGCAGGAGCCCCCCGGGGAGGACUCGCCGGCGCCCAAGAGGAUGAAGCUGGAUUCAGGGGGCGGCGCGGCAGCGGCAGCCGCGGCGCUCCUGGGGCCGGACCCCGCGGCCGCGCUGCUGAGACCCGACGCCGCCCUGCUCAGCUCGCUGGUGGCGUUCGGCGGAGGCGGGGGCGCGCCCUUUGCGCAGUCCGCGGCCGCUGCGGCCCCCUUCUGCUUGCCAUUCUACUUCCUGUCGCCUUCGGCGGCCGCCGCCUACGUGCAGCCUUUCCUGGACAAAAACGGCCUGGAGAAGUACCUGUACCCUGCGGCGGCCGCCGCCCCGUUCCCACUGCUGUACCCCGGCAUCCACGCCCCGGCGGCCGCCGCCGCUGCCGCCGCCGCCGCAGCCGCUGCCGCCGCCUUUCCCUGCCUGUCCUCCGUGUUGUCGCCCCCUCCCGAGAAGGCGGGCGCUGCCUGCGCGACCCUCCGGCCGCAAGAGGUGGCGCCCCCUGGAGCGCUGCACGCCCCACACCCGCACGGCCGCACCCACCUGCCCUUCGCCGGUCCCCGCGACCACGGGAACCCGGAGAGCUCUGCUCAGGAAGAUCCCUCGCAGCCAGGAAAGGAAACUCCCUGAAUCCUUGUGCUCCUUUCUUAGAAGGGACGAGAAUUCCCGAGGAAUAAUAAUAUUAAUAAGUUAAAACACCCUUAACGUUUUUAAGGGAGGAAGUGUAAUAGAUGCACGCCAGGCUUUAAAAAAAAAAAAAAACACAGGUGUUUUGUGUACAUUUGGAGUUCCUGUUUUGCUCAUCUUUCAACACCCCACCCUCCGCACACCAGCUAUAAAAGAACCUCUGCUCUAGAUAGUCGUCUUUUUUUUCAAAGAACUCCCCCAAAUAAGUUUUGCCUUUCUUUAGGGUGUGUUCCAUUACCUAUUAAAAUGUAGAACCUAAUUCUCGAGGAAGUAAGAAGGGUAUGCUCUGUGGGUGAGCCAAUGGAACCAGGGUGGGGGAGAGGUGGCCUGAGGAGUUGACACUGAACAGCAGAUUAUGUCAAUGACUCAAAGCUGUCCUGCUGCUUCAGGAUGCUUUCCGAAAACAGAAUGAUCUUUCAGAAUUGAAUUUACUCUUCAGUAUUUUGUAAUGUUCAGCUUUUUUAAAAGACAUUUUUCAAAGAGGAAGAGGAGAGAAUGCAGUCGCUCACACUGCAACCUAUUCUGAAGUGGUUUGAAUGAUAUUCCUUAGUAACUUGCACUUGUUGAAAGAGACUCGGAGUUGGGCCACUGGCAGAACAAAGUCAGGGAACUAGAUGAGCGAGGAAGGCCAGAAUCAUUCUUAGUACAUCUGCUGGCACUUUAAGAAAUUGACCAUGAAUCAAUUGACUCAUCUUAAUUAUAUAUAUAUACACACACACAUGCACACACACAUAGAGAGAGAGCAUCUAUUCCCACCUUGCCAUUAUUUAAUCCAUAUGUUCCUUAGUUUUUAUAAUCUUGCUGUAAAAAAGAAUGUGCACUGAACUUAAAAAGAAAAAAAAAGUCCAAAAUGAUUUGUGCUAUAUUCUGUUAAAUCACAGACAUAGAGGAAAACAUUAAACUAGUCCAUUUUGAUUGGAAAUGCUGUAAAGAUUGGAAUGAAGCCCCGUGAAACCUUCCUAUCUCCAAGUCUGUGUGUUUUCUGGAGACCAAACCAGAUACCAGAUAAUCACAAAGAAAGCUUUUUUAAUAAGGCUUAAACCAAGACCUUGUCUAGAUAUUUUUAGUUUGUUGCCAAGGUAGCACUGUGAGAAAUCUCACUUGAAUGUUAUGUAAGGGGUGAGACACAACAGUCUAUGAGUGAAGAAAAUAUCUGGGUCUUUUAGUCAGUUUGGUGCAUUUGCUGCUGCUGUUGCUACUGUUUGCCUCAAACGCUGUGUUUAAACAACGUUAAACUUUUAGCCUACAAGGUGGCUCUUUAUGUACAUAGUUGUUAAUACAUCCAAUUAAUGAUGUCUGACAUGGCUAUUUUUGUAGGGAGAAAAUAUGUGCUAAUGAUAUUUUGAGUUAAAAUAUCUUUUGGGGAGGAUUUGCUGAAAAGUUGCACUUUUGUUACAAUGCUUAUGCUUGGUACAAGCUUAUGCUGUCUUAAAUUAUUUUAAAAAAUAAAUACUGUCUGCAAGAAACCAGCUGGUUUAGAAAAGUUUAGUUUGCGAAGAUAAACUAGAAGAUAUCUUUAUAUUCUAGUAUUUUCAGCACAUCAUAAAUUCUAUUACCUAAAUAUUGCCACACUAUU